AUGGGUCGGCUCGACCGGAGUGAUACCACGGCCUCACAGACAACCGACGUAAAGCAACCACAGCGUUGUGUUUCGCCGUGCGGUCUUUCGGACGGCGAAGCCAGUCGGUUUCCGCCUCGGGGGCGCAGUUCACGCCGAGACGACCCUCGUCGUCACACCUUGGCGGGCAACCAACUGCUCUUGUACCCACACAACCCACAAGAUCAUGUUACCAUCGAAAUGCAGCAUCCCAGUUCAACACGUCUGCCGAUGAAUCCGCCAGAAUAUGCUACGAUCAACAAGCUUCGUGAUCAAACAGGCAGGAUCGUAGACCUCAGAAUGAAUAAGAAGUUUUUGUUGCAGCCACCGAUUGCGCGCUAUGCGCCACCUACCAACAAUCUGCUCUUCGAUGAAGACCCCGGCAUCAUGUCUGAAGUUGAAACCGCUUCGACUGGUUUCCGUAGAGGUGGAAAGCAGAGGUCUUCCCUUCCAGUUGUUCGCACGCCGAGCAAGACCUUGGAGAGACCGUUGGACAAGCGUGUGAACCUAACGUCUACCCAUGUCUAUAUCAUCGGACAUUACCUAGAAUAUCACAAGAAAAUAUCUAUACAACAGUGA